GUCGUACAAAAGGCGGGAUCACGGCUGCUGCAUGAGCGCCAAGGUCUUCCAGAUGCCCAACUCGGCGCGAAAGCGCCCUCCGACGACGGACCUCGACCACCCCGUGCUCAAGAAGACCAAGAACACGAACGACGCGCGGCUCGUCGCCCGCCGUCGCUGGAAAAUGAUCCAGGGACACGUCUUGCUCUCGCGCUGGCUGCGCAAGACCGUCGGCGAGAACAACCACCGCAAGUUCCGCAAGGCGCAGCAGUCGCUUAUGGACUCGCUCUUUACGAGCCAAGACGACUUCAUCGACGUCCUCCUCAAGAUUCGAGAGCAAUUUGUGUCGUUCAUGGACGCCGAAAACUGCUACAUAUACAUUGCGACCACGCGCGGAGUUCUCGAAUUUGACGGACAGAGCGUGUAUCCGUCCACGCGCAUUCAAAAUGGCCUCCUCCACCGCGCGUUUGAGCAAGGGACCCCGAUGCACGUCCAUACGGCCGUCACUUCGGACCUCUUUAUCGACGAAAAGGACGGGCUCGACGGGCUCGACGUGCGGUCGUACUUGUGCAUGCCGCUGCAAAACGGAUCGCGUGUCGUCGCGGUCGCCGAGAUCUUCAACUAUCGCAAAGGCAUCCAGACGAUCCAGGACUGGGUCGACUCGCUCCAGCGCGCGACCGACGAGCCCAACGACUUGACGGUCUACAGCCGCUUCGUGGCCCAGAUCGUCACGUCGCUCAACAUUUCGUUUGAGCAUGUUGAGCGCCGCACGUCGUUUCCGUCGGCCAUGGCGACGACGACCAGUAGCACUGAUCUCUUGUCGUCGGACGCUGUGCUGCAGCGCGCCGUGGGGCUCCUCCACCGCAUGAUGGCGAUCGACCACUGCCGCGUCUACGCGCUCGACGUACCCUCCAACUCGCUCUUCUCGCGCAUCUUCCGCAACCAGCCGUCCAUGAGCAUCCGCGUCGGCGACGGCAUCGUGGGCGCGGUCGCCGAGGCGGGCAAAGCCAUGCACCUCCUUGACGCGAGCGCCGACCCGCGCUGGAGCCCCGGCCAAGACAACACGUCGGGCUUGGAUAUCUCGACGCUGCUGUGCACGCCCAUCAUUGGGCCCGACGGUCGCGUCAAUGGCGUGCUCCAGCUCCUCAACCGUCGUCACGAACCGAGCUUCACCGCGGUCGACCAAGCCAUCUGCAGCACCAUUUGCACGCACUUGGGUGUCGAAAUCUACAACGCCGACCUCCGCGCGUCCAUUUCCAAGGCGCAGGUGAAGGCGCAGACGCUCCUCGAUCUCUCGACGAUCCUCUUUCAAGAGUCGGACAUUCAGGUCAUCGUGCGUGCGAUCGUAGCGACCGUCCAGCGCCCCAUGGGGGCUGCCGACGUUCGCAUUUACGUCACAGACCGCGAGAAGAACGAACUCGUGCUCUUUGACGGGGACCGGCGCCGCCGCCCGAUGCUCGACGGUCUCUUGGGGCACACGGUCGUGACGGGGGAGGUCUGCAACAGCCACGACGUGCAGCACGACACGCGCUGGACGCUGACGUGGCGCGCCGAGUACAAGGACGUGCGGGCGCUCUUGGUCGUGCCCAUCAAAGACGCGACGGGCUAUGUGCUGGGGGUCGUCGAAAUGCUCGGCAAGAGUGAUGAGGCCCCGAAAAACUACUUUGACCAAGAGGACGAAGCCCUCGCGAUCGGCAUCGCCUACUACUUGGCGAUCGCGCUCAACAAUGCGAUUUCGGCGCGGGCGGCCGUCCGUCGCAGCGACGCGCUCAUCAAAAUGCUGCACGUCGUCUCGUCGUGCACGGACGUGAGCUCGGUCUUUGAGGAAGUCAUCACGGCCACGUGCGAGAUUCUGGACGCGGAGCAUGCGAUGCUCUUUCUCGUCAACCACAUUGAAAACACGCUCACGAGUCGGGGCAGCGAAAAGACCAAGGGGUGCGUCCUGAGCAUGGACAUGGGCAUUCCCGGCGAAGUGGCCGCGACCGGCGCCCCCAUCAUUCUCUCAGAAGCCACGCCGCACCCCAAGUUUGACGCGUCUAUGGAUGCACUCCUUGGUAUCACGACGCGAUCGCUUCUCUGCGUGCCCGUCGUCUCGCGCGAGAAGAUCAUUGCCGUGGUUCAAGUCAUCAACAAGCGCCUCGCACCCAGCUUUAUGAGCGACGACGUGGCCCUCAUGAAGGCGGUGUGCGUCGAGAUCUCGUCGGUCAUUGAGCGCCGGUCGCUGGAGCUCCUCUUCCAUGACGAAGAGCACCCGGAGACGGAGCUUCAAAAAGUCACGUCGGAUUUUCUGGCGCAAUUCACCGACGUGCACCGUCCAACGCCAAGUACGUCGCGACCGCCAUCGCCACCGCCGCAAGAGACAGCAACGUCCGAGCCAGCUGCCGCCCUCAUGGCCAUGUCGCCCGAUCUCGACAAGCUCCGAAACGUGGUCGACUGGGGAUUAAACCCGUUUACCCUAUCCCGCGAGCUGCUCUUGGUGCACGCCCAUGCGAUGUUUGACGGCUUCCAUCUCCUCGCGCACUAUCAGAUGCCCACGAAAACGUUCCAGCGCUUCAUGAUCGCGGUGCGGGACCAGUACCGCACGGUGGCGUACCACAACUUUAACCACGCGUUCACGACGCUGCACAUGACCUUCCUCGUCGUCCUGGCGCAAGCGACGUCGACGAGGGCGAUGCACGCGCUGCUCGAUACGCGGGAUGUGCUCGCGCUCUUCAUUGGCGCGGUCUGCCACGACAUGAACCACAACGGUCGCACCAACGAGUUUCAUAUCAAGGCCAAGACGUCGACCGCGAUGCUCUACAACGACCAGAGCGUUCUCGAGAACAUGCACGCGGCCCACUGCUUUGACACGUUGCGGCGACCGGGCCACAACAUCCUCGAACAUCUCUCGAGCCCCGACUACAUUUACGUUCGGAAGAGCAUCAUCCGCAUCAUCUUGGCGACCGACAUGCACGUCCAUAGCAACAUGGUCAAGAUGCUCCACGAACGCUUCAAGCACGGCGUCUUCCAGCAUGACGCGGAGGCCGACAAGGAACUGCUACUGAAUGCGAUCGUGCACAGCGCCGACAUUGCCAACCCGACGUUGCCGACGCCCGUGCACACGCUCUGGACCGAGGCGCUCAUGGUCGAGUUCAACGAGCAGUACAAGGAAGAGGUGGCCCUCGGGCUCUCGCCGAGUGGCUUUAUGAGCACGAAGGCGCACUCGCCGGACCACGCACGCAUGAACAUUGCGUUCAUCGACUCGUGUGUGUUUCCGCUCUGGAGCAUCAUGCACGACUUCCUCGACGGCCUUGGCGGUUGCAUCGACAACUUGCACCGGAACCGUGAAUACUGGGUCGCCAAGACAACAAUGUCCCUUGCCGACGUGUAGUUCGUAGACGACGAGUGAGUCCAUACGAAAUUGAUGCUGUAUAUUACGACGACG